GCAGUGAAUCUAUUACAAUUCUCUAGUGUCUAGUGACUAUAGUGUCAUUGGUUGUAUCAAUUUUUGAGGUUAUGUGCAUCCAAAUUCUUGGCGGCCAAAAUCAUAAACUAACCACGUUAACCACAAGUUAAUUUAUGCUCAUAACAGAACAUAAUUCUAAUUUUUCAAUAACCCUACGGGAAAAUUCAAGUCCUAAUAAUAAUUUCUGGUGUGUUUCAACUGGAAUUUGCUGCUAUUUAAGAAAAAAAAUCGGGUGUGACCACCAUAAAAAUCUUAGGUUAGAACUCUGGCGCUUUGGAAACUGCCUUUAACAUAGUGUCAAAUAAGAUUUGAGGUGGCCACAAUGUCGACUAUCGAAUAUUCAAAAGCACUCGUUGCACGGGGAAGAUCUUCCUGGAAAAACGUCCACAACUGUAAACUGUGCCCCUAUUUUACGACAUCGAUUUUGUGUAUGGUGAACCACGUGAGGCGACAUCGCUCAUCUCUGGAAAGAUUUACCUGCUCCGAAGCCAAACUCGAAGUGUAUUAUUGCAAAGACUGCGAUUUUAAAACCGAUCUAACGAUUCUGUUUAAACAACACAUUAACAAACAUCACGGCCUUAAGAGUGAAUCUAGAGAAGUUUUGUCAAUCAAGGACUUCACCAUAAAAAACUACGUUUGCGAAAAAUGCGCCUUCGAAACAAAUUCCUUGAUAAAUUUUCUUCAACACACUUCAGAAUGCACGGAAAGAAAAGAAAAUCCUCAAAGUCAGAGUUCUCCGAGCCAGAAUGCCACGUACGAAAAAAAUGGUGAAUGGCACAAGUGCGAAAAAUGUCCUUUCAAAACGAAAUUGAAAAUAUGUUUUAAAAUCCACAUGAAAAACAUACACGCGCGGGCAGAAGACGUUAAAUGGCACGAAUGCACGGAGUGUCCAUUCAGAUCUAAGUAUAAGGGAUCUUUAAAGAGUCACUUCAGUUUCAAACAUGCAGACGAAGAAAAAAUUAAAUGGCACGAAUGCGAAAAGUGCCCGUUCAAAACUAAAUAUCACUCGGCUUUAAAAUACCACGUGACUAGUCAACAUUUGAAUGAAGAAGAAGUUACGUGGUAUGAAUAUCCCAACUGUUCGUAUAAAAGUAAAUGCAAAUAUCUUUUGAAACAUCAUAUAAGUGCUCGCCAUUCCGAUUAUAACCGGUACAAAUGUGAACAGGAUGCUGAAUGGCACAAGUGCGAAAAAUGUCCUUUCAAAACCAGAAUAAAAAGGAAUUUAAACAAGCACAUAAAUCGCGUACACGCGCGGGCAGAAGACGUUAAAUGGCACGAAUGCACGGAGUGUCCAUUCAAAUCUAAGUAUAAGGAAUCUUUAAAGAAUCACUUCAGUUUGAAACAUGUAGAGGAAGAAAAAAUUAAGUGGCACGAAUGCGAAAAGUGCCCGUUCAAAACUAAACAUCGCUCGACUUUAACUUAUCACGUGAUUAAUCAACAUUUGAGUGAAGAAGAAGUUAAGUGGUUCGAAUGUGCCAACUGUUCGUAUAAAAGUAAAAGAAAAGAUCUUUUGAAACAGCAUAUAACUGCUCGCCAUCCAGAUAUCAAAUCACCUCAAUGCGAAUCAUGUCCAUGUAAUGUUAAGGUGGAAGAUCAUUUAAAGCGUUUCAAAUGUGAACAGGCUGCUGAAUGGCACAAGUGCGAAAAAUGCCCUUUCAAAACUAGAUUAAAAAGGAAUUUAAAAAAACACAUGAUUAAUUUACACUUGCCGGCAGAAGACGUUAAAUGGCACGAAUGCGAAAAGUGCCCGUACAAAAGUAAAUACCGCUCGACUUUAAGAUAUCACGUGCUUUGUAAACAUGUAGACGAAGAAAAAGUGAAGUGGUACGAAUGUGCGAGCUGUUCGUAUAAAGCUAAAAGAAAAUAUAAUUUGAAAGAGCAUAUAAGUGUUCACCAUUCAGAGAUCAAAUCAUUUCAGUGCGAAUAUUGCCCAUAUAAGGCGAAAUGCAGUAGAUAUUUAACGAUUCAUAAAAAUAGCCGCCAUUUGGAUGGAGCGGAUGCAAAGUGGCACAACUGCGAUCGAUGUUCCUAUAGAAGCAAAUAUAAAUCACAUUUGACUAGGCACAAAAAAAAAAUGCAUGUGUAGGAUUCUACCAUGGGAUUCACAACCAACCUGUCUGGUUGACUUUCCACCUCGAUUGUUAUGUCGAUGGUUCAUUUUAUUUUUAAGGUUAUGUGCACCAAUUGUCAAUUUAACUUCCAAAUAAAAUAUCGCAAACGAUCAUUUCCACAACAA